AUGGUUAGGGACCGGCGCGUCAUUGCGCUCUGCGCGUUCGCCGCGCUCCUGGCAGCGAUUCUGGCAGCAGUGCAGCUCCAGGACCGCGGCAUCGCGCCGUCGCGGCGGCACGGCCGCGCGCCCCUGCGCUCGAAGACCAUGCGUGCGUCGCGAUACGGCGACUACGAGAUGGGGUUCGGCGACGAGGAGGACAUCCUGGACUUUGAACGCAAGCCGCCCUCCCAGCAGCGCAGCUCCCGCCUAGGGGGCAAGCAGGGGAGCGGGAGCGCUGGGCCGCGGCUGUCCGAGCGGCUGUCGCAGCUCGCGCACUCGGCGCAGCACGAGAUCGGGGAGCUCUCGCACGGCAUCAGCGAGUCGGUGAAGCACCUCGGCGAGUCGGUGUACUCCAUGGACCGACCCACGGUCCGCGCCGACGCUGUGCGCUUGAAGCACGCCCCCAGGGCGUGGGUUGCGGGGUUCGGUUUGGGCCCGGGGGAGUGGUUGCGGGACGUUCUGGACUACGGCACGCUGCCCACGCUCUCGCGGCUCCUCCCGGGCGGCCCCGCCAAGUCCACGCACGUCGAGGUGGUGGUGCGCAGCGAGGCGAAGCGGGCGGCGGCGGCGGGGCAGAAGCAGGGCGAGGACGCAGGGCGGAAGUUCCUGGACGUCGUCGAGCGUCGGCUGCACCUCGUUGACGUGGCGCUCGGGAUCGAGCAGGACGCGCACCUCCAGAGCGGCACGACGAGCCCCGUCAUGCAACCGUCGGUCAAGGCGAUCGUGCACAAGGAGCGCGAGCGCGUGGAGCAGGCCGAGCUGGCGGCGGACGACGCGGUGGGCGUGAUCGUGGACUCGGUGGUGGCGACGCUGCGGAGCGGCGGCGAGGCGACGGAGGCGGACAUUCCGGACCGGAUGCUGCCCGUCGGGAUCCCCGCGGACAUUCUCCCGGAGCUGGACAAGAAGGCGGGGGGGGGUCAGGGCGGCGGGGUGGGGGUCUUUGGCAAGGCGUCGGGGCUGCUGGAGCCGAGGGGGAAGCCCGAGGCGGGCGCGGUGGGCGUCGGGAACCCGAAGGCGGGGUCGCCGCGCGGGGAGGCGGACUUUUGGGGAGGGGCCUAUGGGGAGGACUUGGAGGGCGAGGACGCGGGGCUCGACCUCGACGACGGCGGGUUCGACGACGAGUGGUAG